CCAAUUCAGUUCACAUGCAGGAGCAGCAGGCUGUGCGUGGACUCAAUGUUUGUUUGUGACGGAGAAACUGACUGCAGUGAUGGAUCAGAUGAAAUUGGCUGCGAUAUUGAGUGUGCAGUGCGUGAGUUCCGAUGUGCUAACAAGAAGCAAUGCAUACCUGGAUGGUUUUAUUGCAAUGGAGAGGCCGACUGUGCAGACCAGAGCGAUGAGACUCCCAGCUGCCAUUGCAUCCCAGAGCUGCAAAUGCCUUGUGGAAAUAGGACCUGCCUGGCAAUGGAGAGCUUCUGUGAUGGAGUCAAUGACUGUGGGGACUACUCAGAUGAGGCCAAUUGCACUUGCUCUCCAAGCCAAUUCACGUGCAAGAGCAGCAGGCUGUGUGUGGACUCGAUGUUUGUUUGUGAUGGAGAAACGGACUGCAGUGAUGGAUCUGAUGAAAUUGGCUGUGAUAUAGAGUGUGCAGUGAAUGAGUUCCUUUGUGAUAACAAGAAGCAAUGCAUCUCUGGGCGGUUUUACUGCAAUGGGGAGCCGGACUGCAUGGACAAGAGCGAUGAGACUCCGAACUGCAAGUGCCACGCAGACCAACAGCUGCCUUGUGGUAAUGGGACCUGCCUGGCAAUGGAGAGCUUCUGUGAUGGAGUCAACGACUGUGGAGACUACUCAGAUGAGGCCAACUGCACUUGUUCACCAAUUCAGUUCACAUGCAGGAGCAGCAGGCUGUGCGUGGACUCAAUGUUUGUUUGUGAUGGAGAAACGGACUGCAGUGAUGGAUCAGAUGAAAUUGGCUGCGAUAUCGAGUGUGCAGUGCGUGAGUUCCGCUGUGCUAACAAGAAGCAGUGCAUACCUGGACGGUUUUAUUGCAAUGGAGAGGCCGAUUGUGCAGACCAGAGCGAUGAGACUCCCAGCUGCCAUUGCAUCCCAGAGCUGCAAAUGCCUUGUGGAAAUGGGACCUGCCUGGCAAAGGAGAGCUUCUGUGAUGGAGUCAAUGACUGUGGGGACUAUUCAGAUGAAGCCAAUUGCACUUGCUCUCCAAGCCAAUUCACGUGCAGGAGCAGCAGGCUUUGUGUGGACUUGAUGUUUGUUUGUGAUGGAGAAACGGACUGCAGUGAUGGAUCUGAUGAAAUUGGCUGUGAUAUAGAGUGUGCAGUGAAUGAGUUCCGUUGUGCUAACAAGAAGCAAUGCAUCUCUGGGCGAUUUUACUGCAAUGGGGAGCCGGACUGCAUGGACAAGAGCGAUGAGACUCCGAACUGCCAGUGCCACACAGAGCUGCAACUUCCCUGUGGCAAUGGGACCUGCCUGGCGAUGGAGAGCUUCUGUGAUGGAGUCAACGACUGUGGAGACUACUCAGAUGAGGCCAACUGCACUUGUUCAUCAAUUCAGUUCACAUGCAGGAGCAGCAGGCUGUGCGUGGACUCAAUGUUUGUUUGUGACGGAGAAACAGACUGCAGUGAUGGAUCAGAUGAAAUUGGCUGCGAUAUUGAGUGUGCAGUGAAUGAGUUCAGCUGUGCUAACAAGAAGCAGUGCAUACCUGGAUGGUUUUAUUGCAAUGGAGAGGCCGACUGUGCAGACCAGAGCGAUGAGACUCCCAGCUGCCAGUGCCUCCCAGAGCUGCAACUUCCUUGUGGCAAUGGGACCUGCCUGGCAAAGGAGAGCUUCUGUGAUGGAGUCAACGACUGUGGAGACUACUCUGAUGAGGCCAACUGCACUUGUUCACCAAUUCAGUUCACAUGCAGGAGCAGCAGGCUGUGCGUGAACUCGAUGUUUGUUUGUGAUGGAGAAACGGACUGCAUUGAUGGAUCAGAUGAAAUUGGCUGCGAUAUCGAGUGUGCAGUGCGUGAGUUCCGCUGUGCUAACAAAAAGCAGUGCAUACCUGGAUGGUUUUAUUGCAAUGGAGAGGCCGACUGUGCAGACCAGAGCGAUGAGACUCCCAGCUGCCAUUGCCUCCCAGAGCUGCAACUUACUUGUGGCAAUGGGACCUGCCUGGCAAAGGAGAGCUUCUGUGAUGGAGUCAAUGACUGUGGAGACUACUCUGAUGAGACCAACUGUACUUGUUCUCCAAGCCAAUUCACGUGCAGGAGCAGCAGGCUGUGUGUGGACUUGAUGUUUGUUUGUGAUGGAGAAACGGACUGCAGUGAUGGAUCUGAUGAAAUUGGCUGUGAUAUAGAGUGUGCAGUGAAUGAGUUCCUUUGUGCUAACAAGAAGCAAUGCAUCUCUGGGCGGUUUUACUGCAAUGGGGAGCUGGACUGCAUGGACAAGAGCGAUGAGACUCCGAACUGCAAGUGCCACGCAGACCAACAGCUGCCUUGUGGCAAUGGGACCUGCCUGGCAAAGGAGAGCUUCUGUGAUGGAGUCAACGACUGUGGAGACUACUCAGAUGAGGCCAACUGCACUUGUUCACCAAUUCAGUUCACAUGUAGGAGCAGCAGGCUGUGCGUGGACUCAAUGUUUGUUUGUGAUGGAGAAACGGACUGCAGUGAUGGAUCAGAUGAAAUUGGCUGCAAUAUCGAAUGUGCAGUGAAUGAGUUCCGCUGUGCUAGCAAGAAGCAAUGCAUACCUGGAUGGUUUAAUUGCAAUGGAGAGCCCGACUGUACAGACCAGAGCGAUGAGACUCCCAGCUGCCAUUGCCUCCCAGAGCUGCAAGUGGCUUGUGGAAAUGGGACCUGCCUGGCAAAGGAGAGCUUCUGUGAUGGAGUCAAUGACUGUGGGGACUACUCAGAUGAGGCCAAUUGCACUUGUUCUCCAAGCCAAUUCACGUGCAAGAGCAGCAGGCUGUGUGUGGACUCGAUGUUUGUUUGUGAUGGAGAAACGGACUGCAGUGAUGGAUCUGAUGAAAUUGACUGUGAUAUAGAGUGUGCAGUGAAUGAGUUCCGCUGUGCUAACAAGAAGCAAUGCAUCUCUGGGCGGUUUUACUGCAAUGGGGAGCCGGACUGCAUGGACAAGAGCGAUGAGACUCCAAACUGCCAGUGCCACACAGACCAACAGCUGCCUUGUGGCAAUGGGACCUGCCUGGCAAAGGAGAGCUUCUGUGAUGGAGUCAACGACUGUGGGGACUACUCAGAUGAGGCCAACUGCACUUGUUCAUCAAUUCAGUUCACAUGCAGGAGCAGCCGGCUGUGCGUGGACUCGAUGUUUGUUUGUGAUGGAGAAACGGACUGCAUUGAUGGAUCGGAUGAAAUUGGCUGUGAUAUCGAGUGUGCAGUGCAUGAGUUCCGCUGUGCUAGCAAGAAGCAAUGCAUACCUGGAUGGUUUUAUUGCAAUGGAGAGGCCGACUGUGCAGACCAGAGCGAUGAGACUCCCAGUUGCAAUUGCCUCCCAGAGCUGCAAGUGGCUUGUGGAAAUGGGACCUGCCUGGCAAAGGAGAGCUUCUGUGAUGGAGUCAAUGACUGUGGGGAUUACUCAGAUGAGGCCAAUUGCACUUGUUCUCCAAGCCAAUUCACGUGCAAGAGCAGCAGGCUGUGUGUGGACUCGAUGUUUGUUUGUGAUGGAGAAACGGACUGCAGUGAUGGAUCUGAUGAAAUUGGCUGUGAUAUAGAGUGUGCAGUGAAUGAGUUCCGCUGUGCUAACAAGAAGCAAUGCAUCUCUGGGCGGUUUUACUGCAAUGGGGAGCCGGACUGCAUGGACAAGAGCGAUGAGACUCCAAACUGCUGGUGCCACACAGACCAACAGCUGCCUUGUGGCAAUGGGACCUGCCUGGCAAAGGAGAGCUUCUGUGAUGGAGUCAACGACUGUGGGGACUACUCAGAUGAGGCCAACUGCACUUGUUCAUCAAUUCAGUUCACAUGCAGGAGCAGCGGGCUGUGCGUGGACUCGAUGUUUGUUUGUGAUGGAGAAACGGACUGCAUUGAUGGAUCGGAUGAAAUUGGCUGUGAUAUCGAGUGUGCAGUGCAUGAGUUCCGCUGUGCUAACAAGAAGCAGUGCAUACCUGGAUGGUUUCAUUGCAAUGGAGAGGCCGACUGUGCAGACCAGAGCGAUGAGAAUCCCAGCUGCCAUUGCCUCCCAGAGCUGCAACUUUCUUGUGAUAAUGGAACCUGCCUGGCAAAGGAGAGCUUCUGUGAUGGAGUCAACGACUGUGGGGACUACUCAGAUGAGGCCAAUUGCACUUGUUCACCAAUCCAGUUCACGUGCAGGAGCAGCAGGCUGUGUGUGGACUCGAUGUUUGUUUGUGAUGGAGAAACGGACUGCAGUGAUGGAUCUGAUGAAAUUGACUGUGAUAUAGAGUGUGCAGUGAAUGAGUUCCGCUGUGCUAACAAGAAGCAAUGCAUCUCUGGGCGGUUUUACUGCAAUGGGGAGCCGGACUGCAUGGACAAGAGCGAUGAGACUCCGAACUGCAAGUGCCACGCAGACCAACAGCUGCCUUGUGGCAAUGGGACCUGCCUGGCAAAGGAGAGCUUCUGUGAUGGAGUCAACGACUGUGGGGACUACUCAGAUGAGGCCAACUGCACUUGUUCAUCAAUUCAGUUCACAUGCAGGAGCAGCGGGCUGUGCGUGGACUCGAUGUUUGUUUGUGAUGGAGAAACGGACUGCAUUGAUGGAUCAGAUGAAAUUGGCUGUGAUAUCGAGUGUGCAGUGCAUGAGUUCCGCUGUGCUAACAAGAAGCAGUGCAUACCUGGAUGGUUUCAUUGCAAUGGAGAGGCCGACUGUGCAGACCAGAGCGAUGAGAAUCCCAGCUGCCAUUGCCUCCCAGAGCUGCAACUUUCUUGUGAUAAUGGAACCUGCCUGGCAAAGGAGAGCUUCUGUGAUGGAGUCAACGACUGUGGGGACUACUCAGAUGAGGCCAACUGCACUUGUUCACCAAUCCAGUUCAUGUGCAGAAGCAGCAGGCUGUGCGUGGACUCGAUGUUUGUUUGUGAUGGAGAAACGGACUGCAGUGAUGGAUCGGAUGAAAUUGGUUGUGAUAUCGAGUGUGCAGUGAGUGAUUUCCGCUGUGCUGACAAGAAGCAAUGCAUCUCUGGGAGGUUUUACUGCAAUGGAGAGGCCGACUGUGCAGACCAGAGCGAUGAGACUCCCAGCUGCCAAUGUCUCCCAGAGCUGCAACUGUCUUGUGGCAAUGGGACCUGCCUGGCGAAGGAGAGCUUCUGUGAUGGAGUCAACGACUGUGGGGAUUACUCAGAUGAGGGCAACUGCACCUGUGUUUAUGGGGACUUUCAGUGCAAAAGCAGUGGAUGCGUUCCGCUUUCUCUUGUUUGUGAUGGCGAAGUGGACUGUGUAGAUGGCUCGGAUGAAGCUUUAUUUUUAUGCAGACCAGCAAAGUAUAAUUUUAAAGUCAAGUUGGAUUUUGAUCCAUCUCUGAGCAUCAAUCAAAUGGAGAAUGAGAUACAAAUAUAUAUGAAGAAAUUAUUUCCACAGCAGAAUGUGAAGAUAAAAUAUAAGCAACUUCCCUAAACAUGUCUUAAAAUGUAAACGUAUAGUUUCUACACCAGAAAACUACUACUACUAGUUUUCUUAAAUAGUAAACUCUUCACAAUAUGGAAUCUUUUUUGUAACACAUUAUUUUCCCAUACUUUUGAGAGCAUCACACACACACCGCCAUGUACACAAACAGCAAUCACACACUGCUUAAUCAUAUGCACUUGUUAUUACAUACGAAAUGUAGGUCUUAAAUGGGAAGGGCUUUUAUUUAAGUUGUGUUUCUCUUUUUUGUUUUUUGACUACGUUGUUUUGUCUUGUCUACACAUGUAUGACAAGACCACACGUAACCAUCAUAAUAUUUUACGCGUGUUAAUACUUGCAGCAAAAAUUCUAUUGGAUUUUGUAUAAUUAAAACACUUCGUAAAUAUUUUAUCGCUUUUUUAUUAUUACGAUGUGUGGGAGCCAUAGGGAUAUAUUGCAUCCAAUACGAGUUAAAUUUCUCGAAUUAUGCCUCAGAUUAAUCAAGUAUUUGCUGAUACUGCAUUAGCGUGGUGCACAAGCACAAUAUACAAAAAACUCAACACUUGCGUAACAACACUACCUUCGAAAAAUAUAUAUCAGAUUAUCUAGGUUUCUAUACAUUUUAGCUUUGUACUUUGAUGAUUGCAAAUAUAAUGAAGGGCAUUUUAACUCUUGUUUUAUUAUACGGAAAAGUUUGAAUGUUCCUGGAAUAUUUUGGGAGAAAAUAAAAUCCUAAAUGUUUACAAAAUA